AUGCAGAGCGCGGCGGCCAUCGGGCUCCUCCGGCCAUGCGCCGCGCGGCCCAUCCUCAAGAGCCCUAGCCCCGGGGCCGCCCGCCUCCCGGCCUCCCGCACGGCCCUCCGCCUCCCCGCCGCCGCGCCCCGCGCGGGCCUCGUGGCGGCGGCGGGGCUCGGCCGCAUCGGGCUCGUGCCGGCGUCGCCUGAGCAGGAGAAGAGGAGCGACUGCCUCGUGGCCGCCGCGGCCGCGGGGAAGGCGUCGGCGGGCGAGGAGGCCGGGGAGGAAAGCGGAGCAGCGCUCGCCAAGACGCUCCAGCUCGGCGUCUUCUUCGGGCUCUGGUACCUCUUCAACAUCUACUUCAACAUCUACAACAAGCAGGUCCUCAAGGUUUUUCCUUAUCCCAUAAACAUCACAACAGUUCAGUUUGCUGUUGGAACUACGAUUUCCUUGUUUAUGUGGGCCACGGGUAUCCUUAAAAGACCAAAGAUUUCCGGUGCACAGCUUCUUGCUAUCCUCCCUUUGGCUAUUGUCCAUACCAUGGGCAAUCUUUUCACCAACAUGAGCCUUGGGAAGGUUGCAGUGUCAUUUACACAUACAAUCAAGGCCAUGGAGCCUUUCUUCUCAGUUCUACUUUCUGCAAUGUUCCUUGGCGAGCUGCCUACUCCUUGGGUUGUUUUGUCUCUUCUUCCUAUUGUUGGUGGUGUGGCAUUGGCAUCUAUUUCUGAAGCUUCUUUUAACUGGGCUGGAUUUUUGAGUGCAAUGGCUUCAAAUGUGACCUUCCAGUCAAGGAAUGUCCUCAGCAAGAAGCUUAUGCUGAAGAAAGAGGCAUCUCUGGACAACAUCAAUCUCUUCUCGAUUAUUACAGUCAUGUCAUUCUUCCUUCUAGCUCCUGUAACCUUGUUGACCGAAGGUGUUAAGGUCACUCCUACUUAUCUGCAGUCUGCUGGUCUGAACUUACAACAAGUGUACACAAGGUCUUUGAUUGCCGCAUUCUGUUUCCAUGCAUACCAACAGGUGUCAUACAUGAUCCUCGCAAGGGUGUCACCAGUUACCCAUUCGGUAGGUAACUGCGUCAAGCGUGUGGUGGUCAUUGUUACAUCUGUUCUGUUCUUCAAGACUCCUGUGUCUCCAAUCAACUCUAUCGGAACCGCGAUCGCUCUUGCGGGAGUUUUCCUGUACUCACAACUGAAGAGACUUCAGCCCAAGCCCAAGGCUGCUUGA